AUUUGCAAAGCCGAUUCCUCUCAUCGACAUAACAGCAGAGCCAUUGGGCCGCCCGGCGCCGCGCAAGAAAGUGAGUAGGAUAUGGGGAAGAAGGGGAAGAAGCCCGGGAGAGGGAAGGAGAAGACGGAGAGGAAGACCGCCAAGUCCGAGGGGAAGAGAAUCCGAAGGGAGAGCAAGAAGGUCUCGGAAGAGGACGACAUUGAUGCUAUCCUUAGGAAUAUUCAGAAGGAGGAGGCCAAGAAGAAGGAGGUUCAUGUGGAGGAGAAUGUCCCUGCCCCUUCCCCUCGAUCCAAUUGCACGUUGUCCAUAAAUCCAGUAAAGGAGACGGAGUUGAUUCUAUAUGGUGGAGAAUUCUACAAUGGGAACAAGACUUUUGUUUAUGGUGAUCUAUAUCGCUAUGAUGUAGAGAAAAAUGAGUGGAAAUUAAUAUCAAGCCCAAACAGCCCCCCUCCUCGUAGUGCUCAUCAGGCAAUUGCUUGGAAAAAUAAUAUUUAUAUAUUUGGUGGUGAGUUCACCUCUCCGAAUCAAGAACGGUUCCAUCAUUACAAGGAUUUUUGGAUGUUGGAUUUGAAAACAAAUCAGUGGGAACAACUACUUUUAAAAGGUUGUCCGACUGCAAGAUCAGGCCAUAGAAUGGUAAUUUACAAGCAUAAAAUAAUCAUUUUUGGUGGUUUUUAUGACACAUUAAGAGAAGUAAGGUAUUAUAAUGACUUGCACGUGUUUGAUCUAGACCAAUUUAAAUGGCAAGAAAUAAAACCGAGACCUGGAUGUUUAUGGCCGAGCCCUAGGAGCGGUUUCCAGCUUUUUGUAUACCAAGAUGAGAUAUUUCUUUAUGGAGGUUAUUCCAAAGAAGUUUCACCUGAUAAAACUGGCUCAGAGAAAGGGAUUGUUCAUUCAGAUUUGUGGGCUCUUGAUCCCCGAACCUGGGAAUGGUGCAAGGUCAAGAAAGUUGGAAUUCCUCCUGGCCUUCGUGCUAGUUUUUCUAUGUGUAUUCAUAAAAAGAGGGCUGUAUUAUUUGGAGGAGUUGUUGAUAUGGAGGUUGAAGGUGAUGUGCUGAUGAGCUUAUUUAUGAACGAGUUAUAUGGCUUUCAGUUAGAUACUCGACGUUGGUAUCCUUUGGAGCUACGAAAGGAUAGGUCUACAAAAGAUAAGGGAAGCAAAAGAUUUGACGGAUCUAAAGGAAUAGCAGCUUCUAGCAGAGACAACCAACCGGAUUCACAGCUGAGUAUCACGUAUGAAGAGGAUGAGAAUAUCGAAGGCUUUGAAGGAGCUGUUAUGCAAUCUGGAAUUGAAGAGCUUUCUCAUCAAACGAAUAACAAUCUUUGCCUAGAUACUGCCUCCUCGAGCAAGAUAAAUGAUGUGAAAGUACAGGGAUUAGUUAGUGCUUCUGAUAUGCUAGCAGGCCUUUCAUCGGAAGUAGUCCGGCCUUGUGGGCGCAUUAAUUCAUGCAUGGUUGUGGGUAGGGAUACACUCUAUUUGUAUGGAGGGAUGAUGGAAGUCAAUGAUAGAGAAAUUACUCUUGAUGACUUAUAUUCACUUAAUCUCAGUAAAUUGGAUGAGUGGAAGUGCAUAAUUCCGGCUUCUGAAUCUGAAUGGCUAGAAAUUUCUGAGGAUGAGGAUGAAGAAGAUACUGAAGAUGAAGAAAGCAACAGUGGAAGUGGUGCUGAUGAGACAGAUGAUGACGAAGAAGAUGAAGACACGGAGGCUAUAGAUCUGGGAAAUGCGGUUUCCAUUAUAAGGGGUGAGAAAAAGAAUAUUCGCAGGAAAGAGAAACGUGCUAGGAUCGAACAGAUUCGAAUUAGCCUUGGCCUUGCAGAUUCACAAAGGACUCCGAAGCCUGGAGAAUCUCUGAAGGAUUUUUACAAAAGAACGAACACAUAUUGGCAAAUGGCUGCUUAUGAGCACACCCAACAUACGGGAAAGGAGCUCCGCAAAGAUGGCUUUGAUCUUGCUGAGUCACGAUUCAAAGAGCUUAAGCCUAUACUCGAUGAGCUGGCUAUACUGGAGGCUGAGCAGAAAGCAGAAGAGGAAGAAAAUGCAGAAACCAGUUCGAGAACAAGGGGUAAUAAGCAGAAUAAACAGCGAAAUCCACAGAGAUAAAAAUGGAAAUG